AAAACCUCGGACCGGAAUUGGCUUCGUUAUCUUUUCUCGCGUAACGGUACCCGUCUGCUGUCAACGCGGAUUUUGGACAAAACCUGCGCAGCAUUCUCAGACCUUGAAGAAAAUGUUAGCGACGACAUCAGUUCCCAUCCACUCCCGAAAUAAAAACGAGUAUUUGUAGACUUUCUGUCUGUGGUUGCAUCAAGUUUGGACGGAGGGAUGCCAGUGGAGAGCGGGAGUAGCGCUGCUGCCCGCCAGGCCAAGCAGAAGAGGAAGUCCCACAGCCUGUCCAUCCGCAGGACCAACAGCACCGAGCAGGACCGCUCCGGCCUGCAGAGAGACAUGCUGGAGGGACAGGACUCCAAGCUGCCUUUGUCUCUGAGGAGCAAUCUGCUGGACCUGUUCAGUCAGAUCGAGAGGGAGUUUGAAAACCUCUACAUAGAAAACCUCGAAUUACGCAGAGAAAUUGAAACACUGAAUGAUCGCUUGGCUGCAGAGGGACAAACAUUUGAAGGGGCAGAUUUAGCAAAAGGAGCACUUAAAACAAAAGCGAGCCACAGCACCAGCCAGCUCUCUCAAAAGCUGAAGACAACCUACAAGGCCUCAACGAGCAAGAUUGUGUCCAGUUUCAAAGCGACCACGUCCAGAGCGGUGUGCCAGCUGGUCAAAGAGUAUGUGGGUCACAGGGACGGCAUCUGGGACCUCAGCGUCACCAGGACCCAGCCUGUGGUGCUCGGGACGGCGUCUGCAGACCACUCUGCUAUGCUGUGGAGCAUUGAGACGGGAAAGUGCCUCCUCAAAUAUAUGGGUCAUCAAGGAUCAGUGAACUCCAUCAAGUUCCACCCCACUGAACAGAUGGCUCUAACAGCAUCUGGAGAUCAGACAGCUCACAUCUGGAGAUACAUGGUGCAGCUGCCGACUCCACAGCCUGUUGCUGAUAUCAGCCAGCAGACACCCUGUGAAGACGACGUGGACUUCUCAGACAAAGAUGAGGCCGACGGCGAGGCAGAGGGGCCGAACGACUGCCCUUCUAUCCGUGUGGCGACCACGACUCUCCGCAGCCAUCAGGGUGUGGUGAUUGCUGCUGAUUGGCUGGUCGGGGGCAAACAGGUUGUGACAGCUUCCUGGGACCGAGCCGCCAAUCUGUACGAUGUGGAGACGUCAGAGCUGGUCCACUCACUCACUGGGCAUGACCAGGAGCUGACCCACUGCUGCACACACCCCACCCAGCGUCUGGUAGUCACCUCAUCCAGGGACACCACCUUCAGGCUGUGGGACUUCAGAGACCCGUCCAUCCACUCUGUCAACGUGUUCCAGGGACACACUGACACGGUGACGUCAGCAGUGUUCACAAUGGGAGAUAACGUGGUGUCUGGGAGCGACGAUCGAACCGUCAAAGUGUGGGACCUGAAGAACAUGAGGUCACCCAUAGCAACCAUCCGCACAGACUCUGCAGUCAACAGGAUCAGCGUGUCGGUGAACCAGAAAAUCAUUGCUCUUCCUCACGACAAUCGGCAGGUCCGGCUGUUCGACAUGUCCGGGGUGCGACUGGCUCGACUCCCACGAAGCAACAGACAGGGUCACCGGCGCAUGGUGUGCUGCUCCGCCUGGUGUGAAGACAACACCACCUGCAACCUGUUCACCUGCGGCUUCGAUCGGCAAGCCAUCGGCUGGAACAUAAACAUCCCCGCUCUGCUGCAGGAGAAAUGACCUCCUCCUACUGUCACCUUACAGGGAAAUGCCACCAAAAGUCUGUUUGGAGUAUCAAACACUGAAACCUUUGAGUGGGGUUAAAAGGCGGCUUGAGAAAAGUUUUGUCUCGUACCUUUGUGUCGAUGAAAAGUUGUUUCAUGUUGUAAUGUACAGGAUGAAAUUCCUGUCGUUUCCAGCAGCCGUCUUUUGAGCCCACGGGGGGGUCAGUAUUUGUACUCGAUGUCCUUCGAGCUCUGUUCUCCUCCUUUGUUUGGAGUAGAGCAGAAAAAAGCCUUGCACUUGCUGUCUACUCCAUCUGUCACGCUCACUAAAUCACCGCUGCCAAAAUAUACAAAACACAUUUGUGGUCUUUGCGUGGAAGUGAUUUAACAUCUGGAAAAGAGAAAAAAAAAAAUCCUGUGUAUCUCUAAUGAAAAAAGCAGAGACGUAAUUCACGAGCUUCUUCUUUGCCGCGAACAACAACGCAUUCUGUUAAUGCUAAAUCAGAUCUGUGACGUCUUGACGUUUCUGCUUGAUGCUGAUUUAAAAUGCAAUACUGGAAAUCUAAUCUGUGCCACUAACAGCAGAUUCAUGCUGGACAAAGACGGCGGUCUGCUGCUUUAAAGGAAAACUCCACUUGUUUUAUAUCAUUAGUUUUUCCUGUUUAAUACACUGCAAGAGUUACAUCAGUGAAAACUUAUUUGUGAAAACUUGUUGUUUACUUUCUGCGUCACGUACAUUUCCUAGGUUAUGAUGCAACGUGGCAGUGGAAGCCCUCACUGCUGGAAAGCUUGAGUCUCAUCUUCUGCACUGGGAUCUAACUUGACAAAGCGUUCGUUUUCAGUAUUCAGUAUUAUAUUUGACUUUUUCUUUUUUCUUGGCAACUGAAAUAAGUUUCCGAACAUUUUGUUUGGCUCCUGGCUCUGUCUGUAACACGCAUAAUAACUGAAAACCAAUAGUUAUGAGAGUGUGUCUGAGGACCAGUGAGCGACAUACAGGCUGUAAAAUGACUCCUGCGAGGACUCGGUGUGAGCCUGCCGACGUUCAUCCAGUGGCCACUUGUUGGUGAGCUAUCAUGAAACUUUAGCAAGUAGCUAACAAUUUUACAAGAGUAACUGGUACUGCAGCAAAACAUUACACUACUCCACAAAACCAACUGCAGUUAUCUGUUUGAACUACAGACUGUAUAUAAAAGAUGCAUGUAGCCACUGUGAUGUCACUCAUUGGUUUUAGAUGUAGUCUGAAGCCUCGGUAUUAGCGACGGUUGCUCGGAGCCACCGUGUUGCUAUUCAAAAGGCACCAAUGUCCGAUGUCCAGUACAGUGACCUGUGUUGCAAUACCUGUCAGAUUAAGUGGCCACACCUCCAAUUUUGAAGCUAACAGUAAGCAAAUGGAUGAAUAUAGGAAAAAAAUCUGUGUAGCGUUCUUAUGGGGGAGGAAACUAUCUUCAGAAGCUAAAAGUAUUUUUGUGCCACGCUAUAAACAGGCUCUUUAAUGCGGUAAAGCUGGGCAUUUUAACAUGGCGCUCUUUGUGAAUUCACUCACUUCUGGAGCCAGCCUCAAGUGGACAGUAGUGGAACUGCAGUUUCGAGCACAUCUUCAGUUUUUAGCUCUAAAGUUGCUACUUAUUGUUUAUGGAUAUUAAUGUUAGCUACUUGCUACUAGCUAACGUUGCAUGCUAAAUAAUGUAGACUCCUAAGUUAAACCAUGUUGGGUUUAUUAUUAAUCCUCAGUGCAUAAUCCCUGACUGCUCGUUGCUGUCGUCUACUGCAAAACUUAGCAUUGAGUCUAGCAGUGAGUCAUGUGCAGGUGUGUUACCAGACUACGCUGAUCUAUGACGCAGUAAAGCAUCCACUGGCCUUGUUUGUGUUUCAGAGCCACUUUUGAUGUUUUGGUCCUAUGGAUGUUUAGGACAUUUGUACUACUGUUGUUUUGUUUGUUUGUUUGUUUCACAUCACUGUUUGGUUUUUGCCAAGGCUAACAUGUUUCAGCAUGGCAAUGACUCUUUGGCAUCCUGCAUUAUUCAUCUUUUUUCUCUGUUUCCUUGUUCUCCAUCUGGCUUCCAGUAGGUUGCUGGUUCUUCUUCUUCUUGUCUUUUUAUAGUUUAACCCAUUCAAGAAUUCUCUAAAUUUAAGUAGCUGGUAUUUGACCCAGAAACAAGUCCCACAUUGACAGACCAGCAAACCAUCACCCUAAAACUGCCCAAUUGGUCCUGUGGUGGAAAGUUUUUUUUGGCGUGAUGAUGUCACAGCUAUGUCAAAGCAAACAUAAACAAGUGAUGCACUUUUAAAAAAAUAUCUGUUACAGUUUUUCUUUUUGCUGCUGUUGUUGGAAAUAAAUGUUUUUCUGGUAACUUUUGGCUGUUGGUCAGUUGACAUGGUGGCACAUAACCUGAAGGACUUUAAUGGUCAGGGUGGCGGUUUUGAAAAAGGAUAAUAUCUCAUGCUGGCAGCACAGGGGUUUGUCUCACUCCAGUUUGUGCGGCUCUGUUUGUGCUGCAAUGUUUAGGACGAACCUUCCCUCGCUAGAAUUUGAAUUAGAGACUCACUUUUGUUUGAAGCCAGUCGGUGUUAAACAGCAAAAUCAGGAUUUGCUCAGAUAGAAAUGAAGAUUUCAUGGGUUUUUUUUUUCCUGUGUGUUUAUCCCAGAUCCAGGAAUCCAACAGGCAUGCACUUUCUGCAGUGCAGACAUCUGAUAAAGGAAAAAACCAUCCACUUUAAAUGAGCAUCAAAGAAGUGUCGUCAAACGUAAAGAUCGAUCUGUUGAAAUGUUCCCUUGUCUGCUCAGUCCAGCUGUUGUACCAAUGCCUGACAUGAUUGUAAAAUCUUUUUGUAGUUUAUCGCAGUGCCCUUUAGUGAAUAGUGUUGAAACGAUAUCGUGGGGAUUCUCUUGUGUGUCACUUUUUUUUUUUUUAAUGGUACUUCAAAAUAAGUGAGCACUGUUGCGAUGCGUUUACUGUUACUAGCUUCGCUUUCCCACUGCCACUAAAAGACUCAGCCAGAGCUGCAUUUGAGGGAAUGGGAGACUGUGUGUGUGUGUGUGUGUGUGUGUGUGUGUGUGUGUGUGUGUUCCACUCGUGAGUUACAGCAGUGACACAGUAAACAAGCACAAUUCAUGUAAAACUUAAGUUUAUAUUUGUGGAGCGUUCACUGGUUUGAAGAAAGCACACUGAUAUGAUUAACAUUUUAUCUCUUCAGUGGGAACAAAAUACCUUUUUAUUUGUUUGUUUGUGAGUAAACAUGGUCGAGCUUUACUGCCGCCUUUUGCAAUCCUGAAUAUUUACUUUCCAGCAGAACUGUUUGUUGAAAAACUUUGAUGUAAGAAGGUGUGAAAGGAUCAUUAGUCUGAAUAAAGUGAAAAAAGCGCAGAGGUCUGAAAUUCAGUGUUAGUUAAACUCCAGGAAAGCCUCCCACAGAGGCUGGAACAGUUUUAAAUAUCAGGCUGCAAACAUGUUUCUGCUGUAAGGUUGGACAUCGUGAGACAGGAGUCUGUUUUUGAAUCUUCCUGUGUGUGUGUGUGUGUGUGUGUGUGUGUGUGCGCGCAUGUGCGCGUGCAAAAUGUUGAACUCCUCUUACUUUAACAUUUGUGUCACCGACUGUGAUAUAUUAAGAAAGGUUGGCUGUACGUAGCUGCAACAUGUUUCUUCUUUUUUAUAACAUGAUGACAUGUUGUUACCACUUCUUUGGUGUAACUCAGUUUUGUUGCUUGAUAGUGAUUUUUUUCUUCUUUGUGAUGUGAUUGGAAAAAAAAAGAGUUCAUUUUGUUAUUUAUGCCAGGGAAGACGCAGGCAGAGGGUUUUUUUGUUUUUGUUUUUUUAAUGGGCAGUACAUUUUUUGUGGUAUCUUUAAAAUUGUUUGCACAGACAGGAUUCUUUCCAGUAUCAGCAUUACUCAUAUUUAUUUUGUAUUAAACCGCAUAUGUUGUUAUUGUCAGAACUUUUGCUAAACUUACGAGAACACAAAGAACUUCAGAGAUCAUCGAAAUCUAAAUAAUGUGCUGGGAGUAGGAGGUUGAUAGGAAAUCUCAAACUUUUAUCAGGAAAAAAUGAAAACUGAUUGAGAAAAUGACGAGCAGAGGUCUCAGGCUGUUGUGCAGGGCUCUGUGCUCUGAUGUUAAGGAGUAAGUGACGCCACACAAAAGACUGAAAAUGGAUUUAACUUUAGGAUAUCCUGAUUAAAUGAAGUACCGACGCUUUGUAUUCUUAUCUCGCAUGUAUAUGCAGUGGUGGUCAUUAUCUGCAUUAUCUUUAAAGUUGGGGCUCUAAUCUGUUCCUCCGGUCGUCAUCCCUGGUUUAAAUAACAGAACAUUUUUGUGUGUGUGUGUGUGUGUGUGUGUGUGUGUGUGUGUGUGUGUGUGUGUUUUUGUCCUUGUUGACUUUUUCGCUGCACUCGACUGCUCUUUCCACCAACACUGAGCCACUUUGUUAUCACCUUCACGACUCACCAGUUUUAACCGAACGUUAAGUUUCAUUUUUCACGCCAUCAGAAAAACCCGAUCACUGAGCAUCGGCCGUCAUUAAGCUGCCAUCCUGAACCCUCGUCAGACUCCUGGUGUUUAAACAGUGUUUCGUGUGGUCGAUGUAAAACAAAAACACAACAGCUCACAGUUCUCCCCCCAAAAAAAAGAGAAGGAAAAUAUGUUACUGAGUUUUGUGGAUUAUAGCUGUGUAACAAGGAACAAGCAAUCGCUUGUGAAACAAAAAUAAACCAUUUGUGCUGUUUGAA